AAGAUGACGCUGCUGUCGCUCACCGCGCAUCUCCGAGCUCCGCGCAGCUUCACCUUCUGCUGAGAAUAUUAUCAUUACUGAAACUAACAGCGCGCGGAACCACAGCGCAGAGAACCGCCGCGGAUAACCCUGAGACCUGUCCCCCUAAUGUGGUAGAGAUUCCACACUGUAAACCAGCGUUUACGGGGUAAAAAAGCGAGACAAAAUGGCCGAGCUGCCGAUGGGGAAGGGGGUAUCUGCGGGGAAGAUAGCGAGCAAUGUGCAGAAGAAAUUAACCCGGGCUCAGGAGAAGGUUAUGCAGAAGCUUGGAAAAGCAGAUGAAACGAAGGAUCUUGCAUUUGAAGAAGGAGUCAUUAACUUCAACAAACAACUGGUUGAGGGCACCAAACUGCAGAAAGACCUGCGAGCCUAUUUGGCUGCUGUAAAAGCAAUGCAUGAGUCCUCCAAGCGCCUCCAGGAGUGCCUGGGGGACAUGUAUGAGCCGGAGUGGUAUGGCAAAGAUGAAAUGGAUUCUGUUAUUGAGGACUCAGAUCUUCUAUGGACAGACUUUCACCAAAAACUGGUGGAUCAUGCCUUGAUCUCCAUGGACACUUACUUGGGCCAGUUUCCAGAUAUUAGGGCCCGUAUAGCGAAGCGAGACAGGAAACUGGUGGACUUCGACAGUGCUCGCCACACCUUUGCUGCUGUAAACAAGGGCAAGAAGAAGGAGGGCGGCAUCAAGAUUACUAAGCCAACGUCUUUACUGGAGAGGGCCACUCCAGGAUGGGCACAGGGGAUCCUUUCUGCUCAUAAUGUUGCUCAGACCAACCUGUCCAGGUGUCAGGCAGAGGAGGAGUUAGAGAGAGCACAGAAGGUGUUUGAAGAUAUUAAUGUUGAUCUUCAGGAGGAGUUACCAUCCCUCUGGAACAGUCGUGUUGGCUUCUAUGUCAACACUUUCCAGAGUGUGUCUGGCCUGGAAGAGAAGUUUCACAGGGAAAUAGGAAAGCUGAGCCAAAAUAUGAAUGAUAUAUUGGUGACACUGGAGAAUCAAGACAUGUCCAGAAAAGCAGGUAACCGAGGGGGGACAACGUCAACAGCGCAAAGGAGACCACAAGAUGCCAAUCACACGCUGAGCCCAGGAGGACCACCAGCCAUUCCAAAAUCUCCAUCUAAGCUGAGACCUGCUGUUCCUCCACCUCCGAAAGUCACUCCAUCCAAGGAUCUGAAGCAGGAGAACAUCAUUAACCUAUUUGAUGAGGCUGCUACUCCAGGCAUCAGUGUUACGUCCCCAACAGAAUAUAAUGAACCAGCCACUAGUAAUCUUCUGGAUAUGGACCUGGAUUCAUUUCAUGCUGCUACCACGCCAGUGGCAAACAAUCCGCCGAACUGGGAUUCUUGGGAGCAGCAAGCAGAGGGCCAAGCUGAAGCAGCUCAGACAUGGGACGAUGAUGGUAGCCAGCCUAAGCGCACUGAUUUGGGUGAUGCCGCUAGCCAGCCUUCUUGGGAUGAUGAUGGUAGUCAACCAGUGCGUGCUGCACCUGCCUAUUCUUCCUGGGAUGAUGAUGGCAGCAAGCCAGUGCGUGCUGCUGAUGCGGAGCCGACUUGGGACGAUGACGGGUCCCAGCCAGUGCGUGCUCCUGCUGCAGAGCGGACUUGGGACGAUGACGGGUCCCAGCCAGUGCGUGCUCCUGCUGCGGAGCCGACUUGGGACGAUGACGGGUCCCAGCCAGUGCGUGCUCCUGCUGCAGAGCCGACUUGGGACGAUGACGGGUCCCAGCCAGUGCGCGAUCAGGGUUUGGACAGUAAAGGGGCUCAGGCAGCAGAAAGUGCAGCAGUCACAGCAGAGCCACCUGCAACAGCAGCAGAAGCGACAAAUGGAAGCACAGAAGUGGAGAUGCCGCCAGGCUUCCUGUACAAAGUCCAAACAAUGCACGACUAUGCUGCUAACGACACAGAUGAGUUAGAGAUGAAGGCGGGAGACACUGUGCUUGUGGUGACUUUUGAUAACGCAGAUGAGCAGGAUGAAGGCUGGUUGAUGGGGGUGAGAGAGGUGGACUGGAUUGAGAAGAAAGAUCUCAGCAAAAAAGGCGUGUUCCCCGAAAACUUCACACAGAAAAUGUGAGCGCCGUGAUGUGACCUUGACUGUCAGUUUUCAUCCUUUGUUCUUCCUCCAUGAUACCUUGCUUCACCUUCAAAUGCAUGGAUGUUCUGUGAGACAAUAUUAGAGGGGAGCAGGCGGCCUCUGCAGAACACGACAUGCUUCGAGUACUUGAGGGAUGUUUGCAGUGGAGGAUGGUUGGUUGUAUUGUCAGUGGAUUUUUGUUUACAGUGUUUCUGUUGUGUGGCUGUGAGACUUUGCUGGUGUAUUAAGUUUAACUUUGCCUGUUCUUUGAGUAAAUUAAGUCUCUGGGAGGCAUAAUAUUGGUGUGCCAGCCUGUAAAAUAGUCAGACUUUAAACAUAUCCUUCUACAACUUAACAGGCUGUCAUUCCGUGCCCUCGGGCCCUUUUUAUUAAUCUGAAAAUACUUUAAGCAGUGAAGCCGUGUAGAAUAGCUAGAUUAAUAUACAAAACCCAUAGCUUUAUAAAAGUAUAAUAGAAACUCCUGGUAAUGUAGUUUAAUGUUUAACAGCGGAAUAAAACAAGCUGCAUGAUGCUCUUUGAACAAUUUUACAGUAAUCAUGUCACAGCUAAGGAAAAGGAGUGCAUAGGACAUCAUCUUUGUAUCUGCAGUGUAAUAGAUUUAAAUGUUUAAAAGAGGUAUGAAAAUGAAAUGGAAGGCACCCCCAACUUAAUGCUAUAUCUGAACAUUAUCUGUGUUUUAAAUAUAGUACAGACACUAUUCACUAUAUCAACAAAAUAACAAUAUACCAAUAUACCAGAACACUCACACACUCCAUCCUGCAGACUUACUUUCACAGUAAAUGUGUCACAUUGUAACCAACAAAAAAACAAAAACACACAAACACUGAAAUGUAUUCAUACAGCCACUGACGCAUAUGCAGCUCUUCUGUACACUUAAGAACAUAUACAGUAUUUUGCUCAGGAUUACAGAGAACACUAAGCAUUAACACUGUGCCCAGCCUGGCCCUCCACUUAUUUAUUGUGUAGACAAUGUAAAUGUGUUCAGAGAUGUUGUGCUGUUUGUUAUAUUCUAUUAUUUAUUUUUCUCAGUUUCCUUGCUAUGUAGUGCUUAUUAACCCUCUGGAAUCUGAAGCCUUUCAUGCACGUCCAAGGUAGUCUGACGACAUCCAUUGCGUCUACAGCUUAGAGAGAAUAAGUUAAUCUGCUGCAGCUGAGAAUCAGUCAUUUUGAUAUAAAUAUUAAAGUUUUAAUGAAUGAACCAUCAAAUUUUGCAACCUAAUGCUGCCUUCAAGUCUGCCAUUAUUUUUUGAGGGAACUGAGUUUGGAUUUGCAGUUUUGGAGCUUACAAAUUAAACAUGAUAUCUAAUCAAGUGUUUUUUUGUAUGAAACAACACGAAUGCUAAAAAAAAUGCUAAUAUUCUUUUUCCAGCUAAAAUUAAACAUAUUUACAGUUACUGCAAACAAACAAAGCAAUGUUAAAGCACCAAAAUGUUUCUGGCCUGACUUGCAGCGUGCAGCAUGACUCAUAGACUGAACCAUUCCUUUUUUUACUUACUUUGAUCCCACAACACACCAAAAUAUAUUCAGUUUCACCCUUACAUUUGGUAUAGUUAAUACAUAUAUAGUUAUUUGAUUAAGUCUCAGACUCCAGAGGGUAAAAACACAAAAUUGUAUAAAUAAUUCCAUUAUUUAUUGUAAUACACUGAAUACCUGCGAAUACCUAUAAUACCUAUUUCCUCCAAAUGUGUAAUUAUGCAAUAAUGUCUUCUGCCACCAUGUUCUUAAAGAUGUAUCUAAGAUAUUGACAUGUUGUGAUUGGAAGAGGAAGCUUUUUGUCAAAUUGUGCUGAGUAACUGCUCUCCCUCCGAUGGUGCAACUUUCAGCCACAACCAGGAAUAUGCAUAAUAUUUAUUGAAUCCUGUUACACUGUAUUUAUAGUUUUAUUUUUGUACAUUGUGAGACAAAUGAGGGUUGAGGAGACAGUGAUGAGUGUUUAUAGUAUAAAAAAAACUCCUAUGUGCCAUGGACUGGAUUCUUGACUGAAUUUCUAAACAAUCUACAGGAAUACUGAGUAUCUUGUGCUUUGGUUCUUUGUUGAUUCUUUUCACGUGUUCUAUUGGAAGCUUAACUUAACUUAACUUAACUUCUCUUGUGUGUUACUGUAUCUGCUAACAUGAACUUUAACCUUCCGUAUGGUGACAUGGUCCAUGAAGAGGGGAGAUAAACUAGGCCCAUUCCUGUGCUUAUUUUUGUCUCUUAUUUUGUUUUUCUUUAAUGAGACACUUCUCAUGUGGUCCAGCAUGGAAGAGUUUCAUCCAACCAUGCAGGUUUUUUGUGUGUUUGUUUUUGUAUCCUUCACUGCAAAUGAAAUUACUUGUGUUUAAAGGCAAAAAAGUGAGUAAUUAACACACUUGAUAUAGCUCUAGUUGAUAAGAUUUGAUUAGAUCUUAGUAAAUAAACUGAGUGGGCGGAAGAACACUUUUCCCUCCUGUACUUCAGCAUAACGAGAGUAUACUUGCUUCUGUUUUUGUGCCAGUGCACUUGUAAAUGUGAACAUGGUGUCAUUAUGUGGAGCUUCACUGAUGAAGAUGUGUAAUAUUCUCUGAACAAAUCUACAGUAUAUGUGUGGCCAUUGUGUGAAUGUGACCGAGGCAUGCUUAACCUCAUGUACAGUGUGUUGGUGUAUUUAUUUAUGUUCUCUUGCUGAGGUGGGUUGGAGGUCCAGGCCCACCAUAAGCCUCUAUAAGCCAUGAGUGUUCCUAUUCUUCAGCCGUGCACCCUACUGUCAGAUCAAUGCUAAUAAACAUUGGUUUAAACCUGG